AAGGGUUCAUUUUCACUACCCACUGCAACUCCAUAUCUUCUCCGAGACGCCCGAGAGAGACAGAGAGAGGAGCAGCAUCCACAGUUAGCAAUGGCGCCAAAAACUGCAAGAGUGAGCCGGAACCCAAAUCUAGUACGUGGAAUUGGGAAGUAUUCCAGGUCUCAGAUGUACCACAAGAGAGGUUUAUGGGCUAUCAAAGCUAAAAACGGCGGCGUCUUCCCUAAGCACGACCCUAAACCCAAACCCGCUUCCCCCGCCGAGAAACCCCCCAAGUUCUACCCGGCCGAUGAUAUUAAGAAGCCUCUCAUUAACAAGCGCAAACCCAAACCCACCAAACUCAGGGCUAGCAUUACUCCAGGUACUGUGUUGAUUAUUCUUGCUGGACGGUUCAAGGGCAAGAGAGUUGUGUUCUUGAAGCAGCUUUCCUCCGGAUUGCUUUUGGUCACUGGACCAUUUAAGAUUAAUGGUGUCCCUCUAAGAAGAGUGAACCAGUCAUAUGUUAUUGGAACUUCCACCAAGGUUGACAUUUCCGGUGUUAAUGCUGAUAAAUUUGAUGACAAAUACUUCGCCAAACAAGCUGAGAAGAAGAAAAAGAAGGGAGAGGGCGAGUUCUUUGAUUCAAACAAAGAGGAAAAGAAUGUGCUCCCCCAAGAGAAGAAAGAUGAUCAGAAAACCUUGGAUGCAUCAUUGAUUAAAUCAAUUGAGGCUGUUCCAGAAUUGAAGGUUUAUUUAGCUGCCAGAUUUUCACUCAAGGCAGGAAUGAAGCCUCAUGAGCUUGUCUUCUAGAGAAAACAAGUAUUAGGACCGCGUACCUCUUUUCUUUUUAUGGAUUUUUUUGAGCCUUGUUUAAGCAGUUGUAUUGUUUCAUUUUUGGCAAUAUAUGAACCUCCUAUAUUGUGAUACAUUGAGCAGAUAGUUUUCUUAAAAUCUUGUUUGACUCAUCUGUUUGAGUUGGUUGACAGAGUAGUAAUUGAUGAUCAGUUUUGUUAUUGUA